GGAAAAAUGUCUUGCUUCUCUGGAUGGUGCAAAGUAUGGAAUGUGUUUUGCAUCUGGAUUGGGAGCAACUACAGCAGUAAUUCAUCUCCUAAAUGCUGGUGAUCAUAUGAUCUCUGUUGAUGAUGUUUAUGGAGGUACAUAUCGCUAUUUUAGUAAGGUAGCAGCUCGUAUGAAUGUGGAAACUACGUAUGUUGAUGCUUCUGAGCCCAGCAAUCUUGAAAAAGCCAUCAGGUCCAAUACAAAGUUGGUGUGGUUAGAAAGUCCAACAAACCCAUUGCUGAAGGUUAUGGACAUCAAGACAAUUGCUGAAAUUGUUCAUAAGAAGGAUAUUCUUCUGGCAGUGGAUAAUACAUUCCUCACAUCAUAUUUUCAACGGCCACUGAGCUUAGGAGCUGAUCUUGUCAUUUAUUCACUAACCAAAUACAUGAAUGGGCACUCAGAUGUUAUAAUGGGUGCUGUUACCACUAGCAAUGAAGAUAUCCACACACGUCUUCGCUUCCUUCAGAAUGCUUUGGGAAUUGUGCCAUCUCCAUUUGAUUGUUACUUGGUAAAUCGAAGCGUGAAGACUUUGCAUAUCCGCAUGCGUGAGCACAUGAAGAAUGGUCUAGAAGUGGCACGUUACUUGGAGAAACAUCCAUUGGUUGAGAAGGUGUUUCAUCCAGGUUUGCCUUCUCACCCCCAGCAUGGAUUGACAAAGCAUCAGUGUUAUGGACAUAGUGGGAUAUUUUCCUUUUACAUCAAGGGCGGACUGCGUGAAUCAACUAUAUUUCUGAAGGCACUCAAAGUUUUCACACUUGCCGAAAGUCUUGGAGGCUACGAGAGUCUUGCAGAACUUCCCUCCGUGAUGACACAUGCUUCCAUUCCUAUUGAAGAGAGGGAGAAGACUGGUAUCACAGACAGUUUAGUAAGAUUGUCAGUAGGACUGGAAUCAUCAGAAGAUCUCGUAGAAGAUUUGGAUCAAGCUUUGAAGGCUGUUGCAAAUACAUAAAAUUCUUCUGAAUAACAAGAGCUUCAAGAAUGACUGCUGGUUAAUAUGGUAUUUUGAAGAAUGAUGAUGAAUUUGUAAUUGUGUUUCCAGAGUUACAGGAAUAUACCAAUUAUGCAUUUCCUAUUAAAUAUAUUAUUUUGAAGAACA